UAAUUCCUCAGAUACGAUCGAUCGUACCAAUAAGGUCAUCCAUUCCACAGCGACGACGAGUCGCCGAACGUGAAACACAAUCAAGAUUCAUUUCAAGAACCACACCAACACCUCGACUCACUCAAUCCCAGAUCCCAAUGCCCAUUCCCGCAAUCAAUCAAUUGAUCCAUUGAUUGCUUCUGCCCCCAAAUUCAAUGGAUUUCUGGCAAAGGGCUCGCACCUUCGCCGAAGAGGCCGCCAAGAAAUCGCACGAGCUCACCCAGGGCAUCGCCGCCGCAAACUUCUCCGACGUCGUUUCGGAGGCCUCCAAGCGCUCCAAGGAGUUGGCCGCCGAAGCCUCCAAGAAGUCUAAGGAACUCGCCGCCGAGGCUCUCAAGCGAGCCGAUCAGAUCUCCGCUCAGAUUCCGCCCCCCUCCGCCGUGCUCACUACUCUGGUCGACUCCACCGCCCAACAAGGCGCCGUCGGACCUGCUGAUCUCGAAAAAUUUGGUGUUACGGACGAUCUGAGAGAGUUUGUCAAAGGAAUUACCAAAAAUACCUUCGAAGAUUUCCCGCUUGAAGAUGACUCAGAGAUGUCUGACAUUCCUACGGUUUCAAAUGUUCGACAGGAUCUAAAUGAAUGGCAAGAGAAGCAUGCAAAGCUUGUUCUCUUAAAUGUGAAGGAAAUUUCAAAGCUAAGGUAUCAGUUAUGCCCCCGAGUGAUGAAGGAGAGGAAAUUUUGGAGAAUCUACUUUAUUCUAGUUAACAGCCAUGUUUCACCAUAUGAGCAGCGCUACAUGGAAGAGGUAAAGGACAAAGCUACUGAAGAGGCUAAAAAGGCCGAAGUGAAGAAUGUGCCAUCUGCAGAAACACCAUCCAGAGCUACUGAUGAGAGUUCGAAACUGAAAAGCAGUAAUACAAAGUCGUCAGCUUCGGAGCAGGAUUUGGAUGUAUUUCUUCUGGGAGACCUUGACGAUGGCGAUGAUGGUCCAGAUGAUGGUGAUAAUGGCUUUGAUGAUGAUGAUUUUGACAAGAUAUAGCACGGCUUUAAUAAUCUACAUUUCUUGGUUAUAGCGUACAUCCACCGUGAAAAAGGGUGCAGAUUCUGUUGGUCAAGGGCAAAGCAUUCAGUAAUGUCGAUAAAAUUCUAGAGUGGAAGAAAUCACCCUCGAUAAAUCGUAUAGAUUACAAAAUUUUACUGCACAAAUGUCCUCCUAUAUCAAAUUCUAUACUGAAAUUCGAUUCAGCCGGUCAUUAGGGUUGCUGCCAUGUUUCCAUUGCUAUGUUUCAAAAAUUAUCUUGUCGAUGUAGAAGGAGGAUUGGGAUUUGAUCUGAUGUACAAGACUAUUUGUUUAAUGUUGUCUACUGCUACAUUUGCAGCAGGCGUUUAUGGAUUCUUUACUUAUGGAUUUUCUGUGACA